AUGCUGGCUGCGGACUACCGCAUCGCCUCGGCAACUUCCAACUUCAUCCUACCCAUUUGGGGACCUCCUGAAUGCUUCGGAGACUUGGUUGGGCACACAGUAGCCAUGCAACUCUGCUACAAUCAGGGACCUGUCAACGCCUUGUCCAUGCUCGAGUACGGAGUUAUCCACCAGUGCCAGAGAGGAGAUGAAGACACCAAAAAGGCAGCGGCGGAAGUGGCAAGGAGGAUCGCUGCAACUCCUGCACUGGCGUGUCACCAAGCCACUGCGAUGCUCAGCCCGGCCAUCGAAAAGUACGCGUCCAUCGUGGCCCGUGGAGGACUGCGAGCUUAG